GGCCCCCGAUCAUGCCCGAACGGGUCAAUGUCUGAGGAGGAGACGUCGGAAAAAUUCAAUGGUCGGUGUGGUGUUACCGUGCUGCUGCUGCUGUUUCACGACAAGGCAGAAAGGCCAUCGCUGAUCGCAUCGGAGCAUCAAUUCGAGAUAUCAUCAUUCGACACGUGAUUCGAACGCGCGCCUUCGUUAUUCCGCAUCCGUACCGUCGCCCCUCGUCGCGAUAUAUCCAGGGGGGCUGCUACGAGAACUGCCUUGCGUCGGUCUGUCCGGUGCCCGCGACCAGCGAUAGUGAGACCGAGAGAGAUAGAGAUAGAUAGAGAGAGAGAGAGAGAGAGAGAGAGAGAGAUAGAAGGACAGUGAAGGCAAUUGAACACGGGCGUUGAACGUGAGGACGAGAUGAAAAUACAGCAGCACGGAAAUCUGUCAAACGUCAGUGACGCUGAAUAGGUGAAGUGACCAGACUCCAUAACGAGGAAGACAGUGAAAAGGAAAGAGAGAGAGAGAGAGAAAGAGAGACGGAGCGAGGCGAGCAAGAGAGAAGGUAUCGAAGCGAAAGAGCGAGAGAGAGAGAGAGAAAGAGAGAGAGAGAGAGAGAGCGACGUUGGCGUAGAAAUAAGUAUCCGUAAAUCCGUCUACGUAAUACGUCGACGGCCGAUGACGACGGAGAAAUCCGAGGUGCGAAGAAGCGGUCACGUUAUAUAGAAAUCGCGUCGUACGAACCAUUCCGAAAACGUCAACCAGCCACUGCCACGACAUUGGCACCCCUUGAGAGCGCUUUCCCUCUCCUCCUCUCCCCUUCUCUCCCCACCCCGCUCCGCCGCAGCUUAUUGGCUGGCAGAACCGCGCUUCUCGGACCCGCUUGCGGUAACUGCUGCUGCAUCGGGGAAGCUCUAGAUCUCCGAGAUCGCCGAGAGAGUGCGUCGAGAAGAUAAAAAAAAAAAGAAGGAAGAGGGUGGGUGGUGCUCGACGACGGAGUGUCUCUUCCACGGAGAAGAGGUGCCGCUCGUGCGAAUCGACCGGAGGAGACAUCGUUUGUCGGCGGAGUCGCUGCGCGCGCGCGCGCGCUCCCUCUCGAGCAGAAGCGGAAAAUUGUCUUCCGCUCAAGAGUGAAAAAAUAAGCGGUGUCCCAUCGAAAAGUAGUGGUGUUUCGCAGUGGUGCGUGCUUUCUCUCUCUUUCUCUCUUUCCUUUCUCUUCCGUUCCCUCCCCCCCUCUUGUGCGUCACCUCUCGUUCAUUCCUUCUCCCUUCCCCCCCCCUCCUUCUCGCUUCCUCGUCUAAUCGAGCGUCGUAGUCUAACGUGAAAUAGAAAACUACGAAAACGGUAAAGAAAGCGAGAGAAAGAGAGAGAGAGAGAGAGAGAGAGAGAGAAAGGAAGAGAGAGAUAAGUGAGCGCGCGUGAGCGCGCGCUCGCGUGCGAUGUGAUAAUCGCGUGUGCAACUGUCAUUGAUGUGCGAAGUGGUAUCGACGACAAAGAGAAGAAAGAAGAGGACGACGACGACAACUAUCGCGGCUAACUUCAGACGGCGUCGAGGGGAAAUUGGAAGAAUUGCCGGAGUUACCGGCCGUUCUAACCUAGCACGACGAGCAGCGGAGGGAAGAAAAGCGCGACCCUUCUCAAGUAGUAGUGGUGGUGGUGGUGGUAGUGGUGGUGGUGGUGGUGAAGGCGCGGAGGUGGAGGCGGUCGAAACAGCCUCAGAAUGAGCGGACGACCGAGAACCACCUCCUUCGCCGAGGGUAACAAGCCGCCUGCGAACCCGCCCCUCGGCGGCAUGAAGAUCAGCAGUGGUGCAAUGUACCCUGCAGGCAAGGAUGGCAGCAAGGUAACAACCGUAGUGGCGACUCCCGGAGCAGGACCAGAUCGUCCCCAAGAGGUCGCGUACACUGACACCAAGGUCAUCGGCAAUGGCAGCUUUGGCGUGGUAUAUCAAGCCAAACUCUGUGACUCGGGUGAGAUGGUCGCCAUCAAGAAAGUUCUUCAGGAUAAACGAUUUAAAAACAGAGAAUUACAAAUUAUGCGACGCCUCGAGCACUGCAACAUUGUGAAACUCAAAUAUUUCUUUUAUUCUAGUGGUGAUAAGAAGGACGAGGUUUAUCUCAAUCUAGUCCUGGAAUACAUACCCGAAACUGUGUACAAAGUCGCUCGACAUUAUAGCAAAAGCAAGCAGACGAUACCAAUCAGCUUUAUCAAGCUGUAUAUGUAUCAACUGUUCCGUUCAUUGGCGUAUAUUCACUCGUUGGGUAUCUGCCACAGAGAUAUUAAGCCGCAGAAUCUACUCUUAGAUCCAGAUACCGGCGUCUUGAAGCUAUGCGAUUUCGGUUCGGCUAAGCAUCUAGUGAAAGGCGAGCCUAAUGUGUCUUACAUUUGCAGUCGCUAUUAUCGUGCACCUGAGCUCAUCUUUGGUGCUAUUGAUUAUACUACAAAGAUCGAUGUUUGGAGCGCAGGUUGCGUGCUGGCAGAAUUGUUGCUAGGCCAACCGAUAUUUCCCGGCGAUAGUGGUGUCGAUCAGCUGGUAGAAAUUAUCAAAGUCCUUGGUACGCCUACGCGCGAUCAGAUACGUGAGAUGAAUCCCAACUAUACCGAAUUCAAAUUUCCACAAAUUAAGUCGCAUCCUUGGCAAAAGGUAUUCAGGGCGCGUACCCCACCAGAGGCGAUGGACCUGGUGGCACGAUUACUGGAAUAUACACCAUCGCUGCGUAUGACGCCGCUGCAGGCAUGCGCGCAUUCCUUUUUCAAUGAACUACGUGAGCAGGGAACGCGACUACCAAGUGGACGCGAACUACCGCCGCUGUUUAACUUCACCGAACACGAGCUGCGCAUCCAACCGGUUCUCAACAGCAUGCUGAUACCCAAAUACAUGCAAUCGGCCACCGCUACCACCGGUACGGAGGGGAAUCCUGGCGGGGGCGGCGGGGGUGGAGGUGGCGGCCAAUCGGACGCCACAGGCGCCGCCGCCAGCGCUAGCGGUAACUCUAAUGAUAAUAGCGUUACCAAUCCUAACACCACCAUCAGCACCAACACCAUCAGUACCAAUACGCAAAAUACCGACUCCAGCCAAUCGAAUAUGGCUUGAAUCGCUCUUUGUUCACUUUUUUCUUUCUUUCUUUUUUUUUUAACGUUAUCAAAGAAUCAGAUUACAGUGGCAUGACGAAUCUAAUCUAUCUUCUGACGAGGAUGUCCAUGUUGUAAAUGCGAUACAUAUUGCAUUGUGGAGUUUAUAGAUGUAAGAUUUUUUCACCUUCUAGAGCGAGAAGUAUAAGCGUAAUACAAGCGACGCGACUCGGCGAAAUUAAGGUUUCUAAUUCAUCGUAUAAUAAUCAUAUUAGACAUUUGUGACAUCAGAAAAGGAUUGUACGUGUUGAAAUAAAUCAUCCUAUCCGUGCAUAUUGCGCAACUCAUUGAGGGAAUGGAAUUUAUGAAACAUGCUCACUCUUCAUUUACAAAUUGAAAGCUCCUGUCAUACAAUUAAUUUUAUAGCAAAUAUGAAAUAUGUAUAUUAUGUAUGUUAUAUACAUAUAUAUAUUCUCAUACCAUAUCUAUGAUUGAUAUCUGAAAGCUCGAUUUUAUAAAUUUUAGCGAGCUAAAUUUUAUUGAGCUAUAUAAGGAGCUAUACAGGGUGGCCCCGAACGAUAGGAAAUUUAAUUCUGAACAAA